CUGCUGUUCCUAACCACAGUCAUGCCUCGAGGUCAGAAGAGCAGGCUCCGUGCCCGUGAGAAACGCCGGCAGGCCCGAAGUGAGAGCCAGGGGCUCGGGGGAGCUCAGGCCACUGCAGCAAUGGAAGCAGAGUCUCCCUCGUCCCCCAUGCCUGCUGGCGAGGGUGCGCCCCCAAGCCCCCCUGCAACGGGCCCUCCCCAAAAGUCUCAGAGGGCCCGAUCCACCGGCAGUCCUGAUGCAAACAUUUCAGGCUCAAGUUCUGACGAAGGUGCCAAGAGCCAAGGAGAGGAAGGUCCAAGCUUCCCCCAGUUCCUGCCUUCCCCUGGGAGCUCUCACAGAGAUCCUCUGACCGAGAAGGCAGGCAUGCUGGUGCAUUUUCUGCUGUACAAGUAUAAAGUGAAGGAGCCCAUCACAGAGGCAGAAAUGCUGAAGGUUAUCAACAAGCAGUACAAGGAGCAAUUCCCUGAGAUCCUCAGGAAAACCACUGAGCGCCUGGAGCUGGUCUUUGGCCUUGAGCUGAAGGAAGUUGACCCCAGCAGUCACACUUACGCCUUUGUUAGCAAAGUGGGCCUUCCCACCGAAGGGCGUCUGAGUGAUGGCAUGGGCUUUCCCAAGAAUGGGCUCCUGAUGCCUCUCUUGGGUGUGAUCUUCAUGAAUGGCAACCACGCCUCGGAGGAGGAGAUGUGGGAAUUCCUGAGUGUCUACGCUAGGAGGAGACACCUCCUCUUUGGGGACCCCAGGAAGCUCAUCACCGAAGAUCUGGUGCAGGAAAAGUACCUGGAGUACCGCCAGGUGCCCGACAGCAAUCCUCCUCGCUAUGAGUUCCUGUGGGGUUCAAGAGCCCACGCGGAAACCAGCAAGAUGAAAGUCCUGGAGUUUUUGGCCAAAGUCAGUGAUACUGUCCCCAGUGCCUUCCACAGCCGGUAUGAAGAAGCGUUGAGAGAUGAGGAGGAACGAGCCCAGGCCAGCCCGGCGGCCAAGGCUACCCCAGAUGCCCCAGCCAGCGCCUGCUCCAAGGCCACAUCCGGCAGCCCCCUUCAGCCUCAGUGA